UGAGAUUGGUUGAUUUCUCUAUUGGGGACAUUUUUCGGAGAAAUUUUCAGUUAAAUAGUCAAGAGGAGAGAGUUAUAAAGAGAGUGUAACUUGAAGAAUCAGAAAGUUCAAGUCUCUCUUCUCUUUUAUAGGGUAUCAGGAAUCCCCUUACCCUGGAUGUUCACAGAGGCAGCGGCGGUGUUGGGGGUGGGUGUCUUAUUAUGGGCAUUCCAGGCCAUCAGGCCUCCCCCUCCCAAAAUAUGUGGUUCAAAAGGUGGCCCUAAAGUGACUUCACCCAGGAUCAAGCUCAGUGACGGAAGGCAUUUGGCUUACAAAGUGAGAGGUGUUCCAAAGGAAAAUGCCAAGUACAAAGUAAUUGUUGUUCAUGGCUUUGAUAGCUCCAAGCAUAUUUACCUGCCACUUUCUCAAGAACUGAUAGAUGAGCUAGGCAUAUUCAUUGUUACCUAUGACAGAGCUGGGUAUGGAGACAGUGAUCCGAACCCAAAGCGUUCGGUGAAGAGCGAAGCAUACGAUGUUGAAGAACUAGCUGACCAGAUACAGUUGGGUCAGAAAUUUUAUGUGCUUGGUGUCUCCAUUGGAACAUACACCACUUGGGCUUGCCUAAAAUUCAUACCACACAGGCUAGCCGGUGCGGCUCUAAUAGUUCCAGCCAUCAAUUUCUGGUGGCCAUCAUUUCCUUCUGAAUUGUGUGAAUCCGAGUACAAGAAGCAGCCUAAGAGCGACCAGUGGAAACUCCGGAUCGCUCACUAUGUCCCAGGCCUGCUUUAUUGGUGGAUGACACAGAAAUGGUUUCCCUCCUGUUCAAUCAUGGCUAGAGACCCCAUUAUUUUCAACAAAAGAGACUUUGAAAUCCUGAAGAAAAUGCUACAAGUUCCUAACCCCAACGAGCACAAGAUUCGACAGCAGGGUGAGUACGAGUCCCUAUUCAAAGACUUGAUGGUGGGUUUCGGAAGCUGGGAAUUCGAUCCGAUGGAACUUGAAAAUCCGUUUCCACACAACGAGGGUGCUGUGCAAUUGUGGCAAGGCCGUGAAGACAAGCUCGUGCCGGUUGAACUUCAACGAUUCGUUGCGAAGAAGCUGCCUUGGAUCGAGUACCACGAAGUCCCUGAUGGUGGUCACUUGAUCAUUCACGACAAUGGCUUGUGUGAAUCUAUUUUCAAGGCACUUUUGCUCAAACAAAAGCCCAAUGUUAUGUAGUUUGGUCAUUGUUAAGAUCAAUCUACAGGGCUUCCAACUCAGAAUGUUCUGCUAUUAUGGUCAUUGAUAAGUGGUUUGGUUUUGGGGGAUGUUUUUAACUACUGGAAUCUUGAUGUUUGUUUGUUGUGGUUUUUUGCUUCAUGAAGUUGGUGGUGUUGAACAUAAACAAGUGGAAAAAAAUAACUAUGUUAUUAUUCACACAAACAAA